AUGUCAGUGGAGUCCAGUCCUAUCUACUUGGAGCCUGGAAGAACAGUAACAGAAGAAGAUAGCUUUAAACACACGUACAGACAUUGAAGGAAUGAAGCCACUGGCUCUUCUUCGUCCCCUUACCAUUUCUUCUGCCCCCUCAAACCCUCUUUUCCAACCACAAUCUCUUCCCCAAAAACAUGCCUUUCGAGUUCUAUGCUCUUCUUUCGAUUCUAAACCGAUACAAGAUGGAUAUACUGCAGCAAAGCCCGAUAACUACAAGCCUGGAGUCUUGGAUGAUUUGUUCCUCAAUUUGUUCCGUAACAAAAUGGUGCAGGAGGUGGGAUGGGAUUCGGAGAAGCCGGGCUAUGAGGGACUAAUUGAAGUUGCGAAUCGACUUAUGAUGAGGGGCAGGACCAAUUCUGAUACUAAAGAAGCAGCGGUAAGAAUACUGAUAUCACUAUUUCCUCCAUUUCUGCUGGAGCUUUAUCGAAUCCUCAUAGCCCCUAUUGGAGGAGGCAAAAUAGCAGCAACUAUGGUAGCAAGGGUGACUGCACUCAGUUGUCAAUGGCUCAUGGGCACAUGCACUAUUAAUUCUGUCGAUCUACCCGAUGGAACCUCAUGCAGAAGUGGGGUGUUUGUAGAAAGAUGCAAAUAUUUAGAGGAAAGCAAAUGUGUAGGGAUUUGUAUCAAUACUUGUAAGCUUCCAACACAAGCUUUCUUCAAGGAUUACAUGGGAGUUCCCUUACUAAUGGAACCAAACUUUAUUGAUUACAGUUGUCAGUUUAGAUUUGGGGUUCUUCCUCCAUUGCCUGAAGAUGAUAUCUCCCUUAAGGAGCCGUGCUUGGAGAUAUGCCCAAAUGCCACAAGACGAAGAAAAGUUGCUGGUGACAUGGAUGUCCCGCAUUGCCCUAAGGCCUGAACAUCCUUCUAAAUUUUGAGGUGGUUUACAACAAUACAUACAUACAUACAUAUAUAUGUGUGUGUGUGUGUGUGUGUGUGUACAUAUAUGCAUGUUAGUUGCUCUUUGAUUUUUCAUAUACACAAAAAUCUCAUCUCUUCAUUUCUACAAAUGUACGAUCUAGAAAGGAUGUUACCACCAUGUGCUAGCUAAAAGCUCAUCCCUUCUGAGUUGAUAAAGUGGUCUCUAGUGGGAAAAAUAAAUAUUGAAAUUUUA